AAGCAGAGGAGUUAUACUUUACUACUUACUAAUCUCUCCCUCUCUCUAUCUGACUCUUUGAUCGGAAAAAAUGGCGGAGAAAAAUGCGAGCGCGGUGGACGGUGCAAUUAGGGUUAGUGGAAUGCAGUUUUCUUACGAUGUUCAAGAUCCUAUUUUCUUCGAUUUUAAUCUCGAUCUUCCCGCUGGAUCUCGUUGCCUCUUGGUUGGUGCCAAUGGAUCUGGUAAAAAUUAUUCGAAUCAUUUCGAUUUUGUGUGUGUUUCUGUUUCUGUGAAUCUGAAGUAGAUCGAUUUGGGACCUUGACGAAUAUAGAAUGUAUUAUGUGAUUUCGUGUGAUUCUGUUUUGGUAGUGUUGGAAUUCGGUUUAAUUCGUCGAAUUCGACUAUAUGUAUAGAGUUUGAGGAAAACUACGUUAUUGAAGAUUCUUGCUGGAAAACAUAUGGUUGGAGGAAAGAAUGUUGUACAAGUGCUUGAUCGCUCAGCAUUUCAUGAUACAGAGCUUGUUUGUAGUGGUGAUUUGUCUUACCUAGGAGGAUCAUGGAGUAAAACUGCUGGUUCUGCUGGUGAUAUUCCACUCCAAGGAGACUUCUCAGCAGAACAUAUGAUAUUUGGAGUUGAAGGGAUUGAUCCUUUCAGAAGAGAGAAGUUGAUUGAUCUUCUUGAUAUCAAUCUUCAAUGGCGUAUGCAUAAGGUUUCUGAUGGGCAGAGACGUCGAGUGCAAAUAUGUAUGGGUCUAUUACAUCCGUUCAAGGUAUUACUACUGGAUGAAGUUACUGUUGACCUCGACGUUGUUGCUAGGAUGGAUUUGUUGGAGUUCUUUAAAGAAGAAUGUGAACAGAGGAGCUACAAUUGUAUAUGCAACUCAUAUUUUCGACGGGCUCGAGACAUGGGCUAGUCAUUUGGCUUACAUUAAUGGAGGAGAGCUGAAACUCUCGGCCAAGUUAGAUGAGAUCAAGGAUCUCAAAACCUCACCAAAUCUGCUAUCUGUUGUUGAAGCUUGGCUCCGGUCUGAAACCAAAGUUGAGAAAAAGACGAAGAAGAAACCUGUUGUUACCUCUCCAUUUAUGUCGUCUAGACAAAUGGCAUAUUACCGAUGAAUCUUAACUUGUUUAUGAGAUCAGUAAGAAUAAGAGCACUGCUUCUACAGAUGCCUUUGUUUUCUAUGGUACUUCAUUGUUUAGAAUCCGAUAACUUUUAUCACACAUGAAAGAAUUUCUGUAAAACCACGUUUUUAAUUAAAUUACUAUUUUGCCAA